AUGGUUACCUACAUGAAGGAGGUUGCCAAGCUCGGUGGAGAACUCUCUGUUGACGAGCGCAACCUUCUCUCCGUUGCCUACAAGAACGUUGUCGGUACCCGACGUGCCUCGUGGCGAAUUAUCUCCUCGAUCGAGCAAAAGGAGGAGUCCAAGGGUUCUGACAAGCACGUCACCACCAUCCGUGAUUACCGCAACAAGAUUGAGACCGAGCUUGAGAAGGUCUGCCAAGAUGUUCUGGAUGUUCUAGACGAGAGCCUGAUCCCCAACGCCGCCACCGGUGAAUCUAAGGUCUUUUACCACAAGAUGAAGGGUGAUUACCACCGUUACUUGGCCGAGUUCGCCUCUGGUGAGAAGCGCAAGGUUGCUGCUACUGCUGCCCACGAGGCUUACAAGAGCGCCACCGACGUUGCCCAGACUGAGCUCACGCCGACUCACCCCAUCCGUCUUGGGCUUGCGUUGAACUUCUCCGUCUUCUACUACGAGAUCCUCAACUCGCCCGACCGAGCUUGCCAUCUUGCCAAGCAGGCCUUCGAUGAUGCCAUUGCAGAACUUGACUCGCUCUCUGAGGAGUCUUACCGCGAUAGCACUCUCAUCAUGCAGCUGCUCCGUGACAACCUGACUCUGUGGACUUCAUCAGAGAGCGCCGAGGGCGAUGCUGCUGCCCAAGAGGGUGCUAAGGAUGAGAAGCCAGCCGAGGAAGCUGAGAAGCCGAAGGAGGAUGCCCCGGCUGCCGCUCCCGCCGAGUCGUAG